UUGAAAGUUAAGAUUUUAAAUAUCAUCAAUUUAGUCAUAAUUAAUUGCUUUAAUUUUCAAUUUUAGGUAUAGUUGUUGCAACUAAUCCUAUAUGGUACGAGAUUAGCUGUUACUUAAAUGGUCGUAUGAAUGGUGCAGCGUUACAUACAUUUGUGUAUCGUAAUGCUCAUGGUAUUAAAAACAGAUUAGGUCUUGUUUCUGGUCAGAUCAAAAAGAACAGCUUAAUGACGGAAGAAAAUAGUUCGCACAAUGAUGAUGAUUCUAGUGAGGAUAAUAGUGAUAUAUCAAUAACACUACCAUCAAAAAAAAUUGUAUUCACGUUUUCACCUGAAGAAUGGAAAAGUGUAGAGCCGGAAGAAGUCCGUUACAAAGAUAACGAGAAAAACCGCUCUACACAAAGUUCAAGAAUAUACCAUGUAUUGCCAAAAAAUACAUGGACACCAUUAUUGGCUGAACAUUUUUGGGAGCAUACUCAGUUACCUUGUUGUCUCUCUUUUCGCAGAGCAAGAGUACAUCCAUAUGGUAAUUUUUACAUAAAAGUUGUCGGAAAAUGUACUAUAUGUGAAUCCUAUUUUGAAGGAAUUGUGUUCGAAAGACCUCCAGCAGCUGCAAGAGUGCUUAUGGAAUGUUCGUACACAGGUAAUUUUAAUGAAGUGCAUAAGGCAAAGAAACGUCGCAUGAUUGGACCUGCACAAUCAAAAGCUAUUACAGCUAUGAUUAAUGACGGUCGUUCAAGCGAGUCAUUUAGAGAGACAGAAGCAGUACGGUUAAUGAAAAUAGGUAGGUAUUUAAUAUUAAUAUUAUAAAUAUAACUGUAUUAGUGUAUUAUUAAUUAUCAUACUUAAAAUACUAAAAAUGUUCACAUUGUCAAAAAACUUAAAAUGUAAUAUAAGGUUCCAAAUCAAGUACAAAGUCACAAAUUAAUAAUUAGGUUUGGGGUGGGGCUAACUUGAUGGAGCACCACUCCCGAACACUUUGACAGAUCUGUUCCAAACCAACGUCGAUAUUUAGCAAGUCAAAAGUAAAAAAAAAAACGCAGAGAAAAACAAAAUAACAAUUAAGGAAGAACGGGAAUUUUUUCACAAAAUCGGUUUUCGACAAAAUCGAUUUUUGUUUUUGGUUGUAAAUAUAUUGUUACAAUAGUAGUUGAAACAUUUUAAAAAUACAAAAGCACAAUUUUUUUUAUAAGCAAAAAUUUCCAAGUAGUUUUCAAAAGUGCCGUGAAAAACAGAAGAAAAAUUAAGGAAAAACGCGCAUUUUUAAGCAAAAUCUGUUUUCGAGAAAAUCGAUUUUGGUUUUUGGUGUUACUCUAAGACAAAUGAACGUAUAUACAUGCAAUUUUCACUGGUUGUUUAUAUUUGCAUUUUCUAUACGCGAUAAAAUUUUAAAAAUAUUUUGAUUUGUUUUGAACUGUUUAGGAUUAUACUCAGUUUCCAAUUUUUUAAGUUUUUUUUCCAUGAAUGUCAAAAAAACUUUAUUUGUUGGGUAAAAAAGCUUGAAAAUUUAAUACAAAGCUCCUACUAUGUUGUUACAAUGAUAUUUGAAAAUAUUAAAAAUCCUUAGUCACUGUUUUUAUUUAUAAGCAUUUAAAGAUCAAAUAUUGACAAAAUUUAUCAAAUUUAAAAUUUAAUAAUUAUUUUUUAGUUAAAAAUUUAUAAAAUGUUCAACUUUUAUAGUUAAAGAUUGUAAAAUUUAAAACGAGGUUCCACGUAAAUAGGUUAUAUAUAAAUUACUUUAUUCACAAUAAUAUCAUUAAAUAUACUUGAUAAUCAUAGGCUGACUGACCGUUUCCGCUCAGAAUCGUUUUUAUUAUAUGUAUGAUAUGAUAUGAUAUUAUAUUAUAUUAUAUUAUAUCAUUGAAUUUAAAUUUAGCACCAUCCAUUACAGUGACCCACUUAUAACCUACUGUACAGCAGAGUGACAUCCACUUACCCACAUUUUUUUCAUUAAUAAUAUAUCUUUAAUUUCAAUUAGAAGUCUAUACUUUAAAUAAAGUCUUUAUGAAAUAAAAAAUAUUAAUAAAAAAUCGUUCUUUAAUAAAAAAAAUCUAUUCAACAAAAAAAACUUUAUUGAAUAAAGAAAAUAUUAAUAUUAAUCGAUGAUUAAUCAAUACAAUUUAAAAUAUUCUUAUUUAAAAAAAUUUAUAAAAAUAAA